AUGUCUUCUAAAUCCGGAAAAUCAUUCGGAACGCAAUCCCCUCCUCUUGAGGCUACAGGCGAAGACAAACCAAUGGGCGUCUCUUCCGUAGACGGACAUAAGCCUGACGCUGUUUCGGAUAUGCAGCAACGGGAACAGUACUUUCAGAACACUCAAACAACAAAGGAGAGUACAAAUCAAGCGGGCACCGGAAUUCCAUCGCAAACCAAGAUCAAGACGGAUUGA